UUUGUUUCUGAAGUUAUCCCGUUUUUAAACGCAGCGGAAACAUCUCCCACAGUCCUCAGCUCUCUGCUUCCCGAUCUUCUUCUCCAGCUACCCAAAACUUCGAAAAAAUGGCCGUAUUGGCGCUAAGCCCGCUAAACUGCGCCUGCACACUUCUCUCAGCGCGAGAGCAAAAACCCAUCCCCUCCUCAAUGCGCACUUUCAAGAAACCAACACCUCUCACCUCCCCUCCUUCCCUCUCUCCUACAAGCUCCCCUCUCAAGAAGGUUCUUGUUCCCAUUGCAUUUGGGUCGGAGGAGAUGGAGGCUGUGAUCCUCGCUGACGUCCUCCGGCGAGCUGGGGCCGAUGUCAGGUUGGCCUCGGUGGAGGAGGGGCUCGAGGUGGAGGGCUCAUCGGGUACAAGGAUUGAGGCGGACGCGCACAUUUCGGAUUGUGCAGAUGAGGUGUUCGAUCUCGUGGCUCUUCCGGGAGGGAUGCCAGGCUCCGCAAGGUUGAGGGACUCUGAGAUUCUCCGUAAUAUCACUACCAAGCAUGCGGAAGAGAAAAGAUUUUAUGGUGCCAUUAGUGCUGCUCCAGCUGUUGCAUUAAAGCCUUGGGGUCUUCUAAAGAAAAAACAGAUUACUUGUCAUCCAGCCUUUAUAGACAAGCUGCCUUCAUUUCGAGUGGUUAAGUCAAACAUUCAAGUAUCAGGAGAGCUCACCACAAGCCGAGGUCCUGGAACAACCUUUGAGUUUGCUCUUUCAUUUGUUGAGCAGCUGUUUUGUGAUCUUGUUGCAGAGGAUAUUGGAGAAAAUAUGCUGAUGACAGUUGCUGCCAAUCAUAGGAUAGAAGAAUUUAAUCAGGUUGAUUGGUCAUUUGAUCGUACCCCACAUGUCCUCGUUCCUGUUGCAAAUGGCUGUGAAGAGACAGAAGUGAUAAUAUUGGUUGAUAUACUAAGGCGAGCUAAAGUUGAUGUUGUCAUAGCUUCAGUUGAAAAAUCUAAAAAGAUUGUGGCUUCCCAACAAACAAAGGUUAUUGCAGACAAGCUCAUUGAAGAAGCUUCAGAUUCAACUUUCGAUUUGGUUGUUCUUCCUGGAGGAACAAAGGGAGCUGAGAGGUUGCAGAAAUCCAAGGUUUUGAAACGAUUACUUGGGGAACAAAAAGCAUCAGGACGGAUGUAUGGUGGAAUUUUCUCUUCCGCAGCUAUACUGAGAAAACAAGGCUUGAUCACGGAUAAAGUAUUGGCAUCUGAUGAAGCUGGAGUUGUGAUCGAUGGCAAGGUUAUCACUAGCAUGGGACUCGGAAAUAUGAUUGAUUUUUCUCUGGCCAUCGUGAAUAAAUUGUUUGGCCAUGGAAGAGUGAGAAGUGUUGCGGAAGGCAUUGUUUUCAAGUAUGGAAAUAAAUAAAAAUUGCCAAGAUAUGGAGUUAUCUUUAUAACUGGAAACAGAGAUUGUCAGCUUUCGGACAUUGAAAGGGAUGGCAUUGCUAGCCACAAGUCUGAUCCCUGGUAAUAAAAAAGGUUCCAAAUAUUUCCGAUCUUCUAGUCAUCGGUGUGCCGAAAAGAAGGGGAAGAUGAGUCUGAAUGCUCGUUCUCUAGUUACAUUGAUACCAUAUUUUAAUGAUUUCAUUUGAUAUAUGUAUUCAAACCGGAGACUUAGCCAUUUCUUGCGCCUUAUUUUGUGCGCUUGUACACGUGUAGCCGGCCCCAGAAUUUGGGAUAAAGACUUUAUUGUUAUUGUUGUAUGCAUAGCGAGAGGCAAUAUCAAAUGUUCGACUUACGUAUUUA